GGGCAGAGCCGGAGCGCAGCGCGGAGAGGACACCCAGCCGGAGGAACCUGCAGGAUGGACAGUCGGGACGCGCUCAACCCCGCCGCCUCACGCACCCGCCCGUAGCAAUCCAGCCCACCGCCGUCUGCAGCCCGCCGAGCCGGAGGAGAGGAGAGGAGCUAACAGAAGAACACACGACAAACGACGCGAAGAAGGAGAAGAAGGAGAGGAAGAGCGCAGUUUUGGUGUCGUCGCUGCGAGGGAAUCUGUGGCAUUUCGCCCCACUGCCCCCUCUCGAAUACCCCUUCCCUUCUGCCCUCUUGCCUCGCACUACCACAGGUGCUCACUCAUGGGCGGCCUGGGCGUUUGGGCUGCGGCCGCUCUGCUGGGGGCCGCAGGGUGCUGCCUGGCCCAAGGGCUCAAGGGCGGCAGGUGGGGCGGCGGCGGGACGGCCACCGUGCCCCGUGACUCCCACCAGGACCGGCGCUCCACGGAGGAGGGGAACGUGGACGGGAGCAUCCAUCAACCCCCUUCCGACCCGGACGGGGGUCCCUGCCGCAGGACGUACUGCGGCCGGGGGCGGCAGUGCGUUCUGAUGCCGGAAACCGGCCGCGCCGAGUGCGUCUGCCAGGAGAAGUGUCGGCCCUCCUUCGUGCCGGUGUGCGGCUCGGACGGGCGCUUCUACGAGAACCACUGCGAGGUUUACCGCACCGCCUGCCUGCAGAGGAGACGCAUCUACGUGGUGCACAGCAAGGACUGCUUCUUCAAAGGCAACGCGUGCACCAUGUCGGAGUACAACAAGCUGAAGAGCACGCUGCUGGAGAUGCAGCCGGCGGCGCCGCCGAGCGGGCAGCGCGGCCGGCAGAGGGACAUGGAGGCCAAGCGGGCGCUGGUGGACACCAUGUUCAAAUACCUGGACGCGGACGGGGACGGGCGGCUGGUCGGGGGCGAGCUGGAGAAGGUCUCUGCGAAGGAGCACGUGGAGGACGGCCUGCUGGAGUGCACCAUGCAGGACCUGCUGCGCUACGACGACUACAACAACGACGGCCACCUCAGCCUGCACGAGUUCUACACAGCCUUCCAGGUCGUCCAACUGAGCCUGGCGGAGGACCAGUCGAUCAGCGUCUCCACGGUGACGGUGGGCCUCAGCGCCGUCCUCACCUGCGCCAUCCAGGGGACGCUGCGCCCGCCCAUCAUCUGGAAGAGGAACGGCAUCGUGCUGAACUUCCUGGACCUGGAGGACAUCAACGACUUUGGGGACGACGGCUCCCUCUACAUCACCAAGGUGACAACCAUCCACAUGGGGAACUACAGUUGCCAUGCCUACGGCUACGAAUACCUCCAUCAGACACAUGUGCUGCAGGUGAAUGUCCCCCCGGUGAUCCUGGUCUACCCGGAGACGCAGGCCCAGGAGCCCGGCGUGUCCGCCAGUCUGCACUGCCACGCCGACGGCAUCCCCAACCCCAAACUGGUGUGGCUGAAGAACGGCAUGGACCUGCUGCCCAGAUCCUCCAAGCAGCUCUCGCUCAUCGCGAACGGCAGCGAGCUGCUGAUCGGCAGCGUGCGCUACGAGGACACCGGCGCCUACACCUGCAUCGCCAAGAACGAGGCGGGCGUGGACGAGGACAUCUCCUCGCUGUUCGUCGAAGACUCGGCCAAGAAGACGCUUGCAAACAUCCUGUGGAGAGAAGAAGGCCUGAGUGUGGGGAACAUGUUCUACGUGUUCUCCGAUGAGGGCGUGACGGCGCUGCAGCCCGGCGAGUGCGAGAUACGCAGACACAUGAAGCGCAGCGAGAGGAUCGUGGCCACCUACGAGGAGAUGUGUCCCAAAGGCGAGGGCGUGUCCCCUCAGCGCUGCGUGUGGUCCUCGGCCGUCAACGUCAGGGACAAGUACGUCUACGCCAGCCAGCCGCUGCAGAGCCGCCUGCUGGUCGUCGACAUUCAGGCGCAGAAGGUGGUGCAGGCCGUAACAACGGACCCUUUCCCCGUCAAGAUGCUUUAUGACAAGUCACAUGACCAGGUGUGGGUCCUCACCUGGGGGGAUAUGGACAGAACGCACCCAACCCUGCAGGUGAUUCCUCAAGCCAGCGUGGGAGAAGUUCACCACGCCAUCCGCACCACGUUCCAGAGGGUCAACGACUUCUUCAUUCCCCCGACCAACCUCAUCAUCACCCACGUGAGGUUCGCCUUCGUCUUUCUCAAAGACGAACCGGCGCUUCACAAGAUCGACCUGGAGACCUUCCACCGCGUCAAGACCAUCAGCCUGAGGAACCACAGCUGCGUGCCCGUCAGCAUGGCCUACACGCAUCUCGGCGGCUUCUUCUUCGUCCGGUGCCAGAGCGAGCGCCGCCCGCGGGCCCCGCCGCAGCUCCUCAUCGACAGCGUGACGGACGCCGUGGUCGGCCCCAACCUGGACGUCGCGGGGCAGCCGUUCGUGUCGCCGGACGGCCGCUACGUGGUGACGCCCGACCCGCGGCGCUCCAAGCUGGUGGUGCAGACGGUGUCGUUCCGCGGCGAGCUGGGCCUGAGCCGCGAGCUGGACCAGCCCGCGGCCGUCUCCGACCUGGCGUUCCAGCCGUCCUUCGCCGAGUCCAACCAGCACGCGGUCGUGGCCACCUCGGGCUCCGGCGCGGACCUGCUGUUCGCCGAUCUGUCCUCGGGCCGCACCGAGGUUCUGCGGGGCCUCAAGGAGCCGCUGCCUCCGCGGGCGUGGCCCUGGGGGGGCCCCAACCGGGUGGUGGUCUCCAGCGGGCCGUUCGGACAGUACCUGGUGACGCCGUCGGCGGAGUCGCUCUUCGUCCUGGACGGCAAACAGAGAACGCACACUGCGAGGUGUCAGACAUCAAGAGAGGGAACGCAGUGUCUGGGUCGGCGAGCAUGAGGAGGAAACGCAGAG